UGACCUUUGACCUCUAUGAAAUCCGAGCUGGACUUUCUUUCUGCUCCAAUCAAGAAUCACAGCUAAUUAAAUGGGCCUCUUACAGAUGUGAUUGUCUAUCAAAGACAUAAAUGUCGUUAUGAUGCGUCCUUCAGCUCUGUUUCACUAACCUGGACUGAAAAUGACAGCAAUGUAACAGAGGGCUACACUUCCUUCCUUGUCAUGUGACUUUGAACUUUUUGCUCUUUAUUUUUUCCAAACUAAGACGUCUUUUCACCAGUUUGAUGAGGUGAACACUGGUUUCAAGUGACCUCUGCUGCCAAUAAAAGUCUGUCUUAAGAUUUUUUUUUUACUUUUUUUAUUUAAUUUAAUUAUUUUUUUUUUGCAUGUAUUCAACUUGAUCUUAAAAUGAUUCGGUAGAAGGCACGCUCAGAAGUGUACUGGCACACAGUGGCAGGAUAUCACCUGUCUCUUCCUCUAGCUGUGGUGUCCACGCUCCAGAGCAGACGGUGUCCACAGACUCUUUGCUUAUUGUGAAAUUAAAGACGGGACUGCCUCACCACUGGGACAAAUCACUUCUCUCAUCAAUCCAUUUUGCCAAUCAUAAUCAAGUUCAAUCAGGUUUUGAGACUUGUGACAAUAAGAGCAAAUGCUUCCAAAUCACUGAAGGGAAUCUGUCUGCUUACAAAAUAAAAGGCCUGGAAACCGAAUCGAUGAGAGGCAACGUCGCCAGAAGGACUGCUUGAGUUUUGAUUCAAAAAGGAUAAUCUGUCCAAUUCUAGAUCUUUGUGCUUCAAACAUUCACUUCCUGCGUGGCUCGCUCUGAGUACCCAAUCAUUUCAGCAAACCAUCUCCGGCUGUCUCACCCUGGACAAAGGGGUCUGCUUCUGGAGAAACUUACCUGGUGGAGGAGGAGUGGGGGGUCUUCUGUGUGUUGCGCCCCACCUGUCAGUGCACGCCCUCUGAUCAGCGCCAGCAGGCCUGAGGAGCCCAGGCAGAGGACUUCAGAGCCACAGACUCUGGGAUCCUGGCCAUGAGGUUUGAUGCCUCGAUCCACUGACCGGAAACACUGGACCUAAAUGGCGCAGCAUGACUUUGUCCCUGCCUGGCUUAACUUCUCCACACCCCAGCCUGCCAAGUCUUCUGCUGCCAACCUUGACAAGCAAGGUGAGCCUCACCUCCACAGAGACGGCAAACCUGCUGCGAGCCGCCGCCGCCACAACUCCUCUGAUGGCUUCUUCAACAACGGCUCCCUGCGCGCUUCAGCAGGUGACGGGUGGCAGCAGCACUCGCUGCUGUUAAGGCACGACUCUGUGGACUCGGGGGUGGCCAAAGGAGUACACGGUGGACUGGCAGGAAGCUCCUGUUGGAAGGAAACACCCAGCUGGCAUGGAGCUCCCCAAAGUGUCCAGGACAGCCACCACCACCAGGGACGCCACCUCAAACGGGGUGGAGGCGACAGGGACAGGCAGGGGGGGCACAGGCAGCGCAACAGUAAUUUCCAUCCCCGCAAGGGAACCUCGUACCAGGACAAGUUUCCCAACGAGGAACGCAAAGACAGCAAGGACGACAAGCUGAAGUUUGUAGAAGAGGACUUUCCCUCCCUCAACCCUGAAACAACUGGAAAGCCUGGGACUCCGAUGCGAGCAGUUGCCCCCCAUGCUGGGGUGUGGGAAAACCCCCCCAGUGGCAAACAGAUGGUGUCCAAGAUGCUAGUUAUCAAGAAGGUUUCCAAGGAGGACACUGGCUCGGCCUUCUCUGCUGGGUUUGCCACUGCGGGCGCCUUGCCCACGAACGGCAGCAAAGCUCCCAUCACAGGUUCCAGCGUCUACAAGAACCUGGUCCCAAAGCCUGCUCUCGCCCCCACCAAAAGCUCCCAGUGGAAAUCUGGAGCUAGAGAGAUCACCAAGUCUGGUCUUCACAUGCCAGGUCGGGACUCAGUCUUCACCAGCCCUGUCUCUGCAGCCAAACCCAGCACCACAGUCAGCGCACCCCCGCACACCACCCAGAAGGAGCUCCCUUCCAGCACGACUCCUCCCAUAGACAUCGCUCCAUCGAGGCUGAAGCUGAUGCGGCGUGGUCCAGAUCGUAAGAGCGAGUUUCUGCGAGCUCUGAAGGACGAGGGCACUGGAGAGAUGACGACGAGCAGCAGCCCAGGAACGUCAGGAGAGGGUGAGGGCAGCACCCCAGAGCCCAAAGCCUACAGUGAGGAGGUGUGCCACGAGAAUGGUCUGUCCUACUCCCCCAGUGAUUCAGACAUCGAGCACCUGUCCAGCUCUCUAGAAGCAGAGCACAGGUUGCUGAAGGCCAUGGGCUGGCAGGAGUACCCAGAAAAUGACGACAACUUCCUGCCUCUGACAGAAGACGAGCUGAGAGAGUUCCAGACGAAAACUGAACAGCUUAAGAAGAACGGCAUGCAAAGAAACGGAUUUCUCCCGAGGACGCGGGGCGUGACCCUCCACUUCACCCCCUGGAGGAGUGUGGCGGAGGCGCAUGUCGAGGAGGGCUCAGAGUCCGACACCAGUAGCAGCAGCCAGACUUCGGAUGACGACGACUGCAUCAAAUCCUAACGUGGCUUUAUGGAACAAAACCAACAGAACAGCCAACACAUCCCAGCAAAAGCAACUCUUUUCUUGUCUCGUCUUUGUUUUAGAGCACCAUUUUGAGUUUCUUGAUUUUUAUUUUAUUUUCAUUCUUGGACGAGGGGAAAACCAAUCAUAUCCCAGUGAAGGGGGAGAUUCCUGCUCUGCCAGACGUCGUUUUUCCUGCGUUUCCUCCUUCACUGCAGUCUUUGACCUCUGACACCCCUACCCUCUUCCUUUUUUUUUUCUUCCUCGCUUUAAGGAACUGAAGUGUUCAAGAAAAGAAGGGCAAUGAAUGCACACUUGAUUCUGCUUUAAACAGACUAACUCAUUUCAUUGAUGAUGCUGAUGACACAUUAUUAAUGAUAUUAAUAAAAGUUUGUUCCUGACAAGCUGACCCAGUUCACUAUGA